AUGAGCCAAUAUUUGACCACAGGAGUGAAUGGAAAUAAGUUAGGACACAAAAAGCAGAGCUUUGAAUUACAUCACCUUUACAGAGACUGCAGUGUGGAAAACCACCCAAGAAUGUAUUGGAUUAAUCAAGUCAAGAGGUACACGUUAAUAGAUAUCUUGCGUGCCAUAUUGCUAUCAUUGGAAGCAAUGAUUGAAGACCCAGAACUUCAAGUGAAUGGAUUUAUUUUGAUCAUCGACUGGAGCAACUUCACUUUCAAACAAGCCUCUAAACUCACCCCAAGUAUGCUUCGACUGGCUAUUGAGGGACUGCAGGACAGCUUUCCCUCUCGUUUUGGAGGAAUUCAUUUUGUCAAUCAGCCUUGGUAUAUUCAUGCACUUUAUACCGUCAUUAGGCCCUUCCUCAAAGAGAAGACCAGAAAAAGGAUAUUUAUGCAUGGAAAUAACCUGAACAGUCUUCACCAACUUAUACACCCGGAAAUCCUGCCAUCAGAAUUUGGAGGAAUGCUGCCACCUUAUGACAUGGGAACCUGGGCACGAACUCUGCUGGAGCAUGAAUAUGAUGAUGACAAUGAAUAUGUCAGUGAUUCCUAUAAUAUGUCUUUCAAAGAUGUAGAAAAGAGCCUCUCUCCAAAGUCUAUGAAGAGAUCCCAGUCAGUGGUUGAACCUGGAGUUCUGAAACACAUAGAUAAAGAUGAUGAGAAUACCCAACCAUUACUUUCCCUGGACUGACAGCUUCCAGGCCACACAUUAAUCAUGAAAGAGAAAAGCACUUCUUCAGGAUGAGUAGAGUAACACAGAGGAUUCUGUGUAAAUUAUGAUGGUAAUAUGUCACUUGGUAUGAACAUUUCAAAUUAGAAAUAGGCUGUAAUAUUUGCAGUACAUCCUUGCCUGCCUGUUUGGGUGGUAGCUAUUGGUAAAUUAUGUCUUUAUUCAAAAAGUGGAAGUGCCAACUUUAUUGUAAAUACAUUUUCUUAUCAUCAUUGAAAAGUAUUCAAAAUCAAAUUCAAGUUUAGUCAGAAUUCAAUGUAAAAUAACAGUGAAAAAUAUUUUCUGAGCCAAGUUUACAUGUUAUGCAGCCUGUACUAAAUGCUGUCUGUUUAAUCUUUUGUUCUGACCAACAGCCUUUUCCUUCAAAAAGGUUAUAUUUUGGUAAGAGAGAAGGACACUUUGCCCAAGUAAAGGGUUAAGUACUUCUUGACAGUUUGAUUGUUUUAUGGCAACACUAUAAGAAUAACACUUGCUUUUGUAUAUGGCUUUAUCACAAUGAGAAUGCCUCAAGUCCGCCAUUUAGAAGCAUUCUUUUAUGAUGCACAGUGCAAAACAGACACAAUUUUCCAUGAUAAGUAAUAGGUAGGAAGAGAAUCCUGGGAAAGAUCUGGGACCCUUAUUCUAAAAAUUUCACUUCAAAUCUCCUUGCAAUGACAAUAUGUGAGAAAUCUAUUUGCGCUCUCUUACAAUAGCAUCACUUUUUUCACAGAAUUACAAUUUAUAACACAGAAAGUGGCCAUUUGGUGUUUAUGCCCCAACUAAGCAUCCUCCCAUCUUCAUUCAUCUUACUCAAUAGUGGUAGAAAAAGGCAAUUUCCAACCGUUUAACUAGUCUAAAAAUCACAAAUCUUCUGUCCAUUUCUUUCAAUCUCUCAACAGCCCUGCCUACUGAAAACAUACCCACUAACUUAUUAAAAUUAAUAUUUUUUGUUACUUGUUGGGCAGAUCCUUUCACGUGUUUAUUUUCAUUUAUAUAUGUAAGUUAUAUUUCAUUUGUGUUCACUUUUUUUUUCAUGUAAAUUAUGCUUCCUCUAUUCCCCAUUGAUAUAUGUUUCCCUAUCCCGUGUAAAUGUUGAGUUUUGCUCUCAGAUCCACUUUCUGUAUUGUGCAGCUUUCUCAAGUACUUCAAUAUGAUCACACCUAGGCACCUUAUUUUGAAAGAUAAGCAGCACAACGCUUACUUCAAAAUACAUUUAACUCUGUUUCAUAACACUGUACAAUCUUUGUACUUCCUGUUAUUUCAGAUCAUCCUUUUGCAGCUUGGAUUCAGAACUGCACAUAUUCCUCAAGAUUCAGUGUUUUAUAGUAGCUAAUAAUUUCUCUCUCUGAUUCAUGCUCUGUUCUUCAAGUGAGAUAAUCCAAAGUUCUGUUUGCCUUUUUGCUGACCAGUCCAGUGUUAAUAAUAUCACAAUUUUUUCUUUAAAUAUCCAUUUAACUUGGGAUGAAAGUAAAUGAAUUGAUUAUAUUGUCAGGAUGGAGGCAUUCUUUAGACUAAGUUUAAGAUUUGCGGUUGUGAGUUCAUUUUAAUAUCUUAUAUCCAUCUGAGAGGACAAACAUCACUUCAAUUUAAUAUUUUAUUCAAUAUAUUGAGUCUGUGACUGUGUAUCACUCCCUCAAUGCUUCAUUGGACUAUCAAUCUGGGUUCUCUGCUCAAGUAAUUGGAAUAGGGAAUUGGGGUAGAACUUCCACAGUCAAAGACAAGAGGGUUAUGUAUGACCCAAAGUUGACAUAAAAUGUAUAAAUAUUCUAUAAGAUGUUAAGGUUAUGAGCUUAAUUUUAUAUUUCUAUUGUUUAUAAAUAAAGUUGCCACCAAGUACGGGAAUAAACUAGACACAAACAAUGGACAGUAACACCAGAAACAUCUAUAAUUGAAAUUCAUAGCUUCCUUAAGGAGAUUACAAAGUGAAAUGCAGAAACAGCCCAGGCAGAGGAUGGACAUUAAUUAGAAAAUGUUCUGAAUUUAAUUAUAUGAAUGGAUAAUUUCAGUUUAGUAGGAUUUGUUAAUUCCUAACCAGCUGAGAUACAAAUAACUGGUAGGGUUCAUCCAGGAAAUUAAGUGAAUGUCAUGUAAUUUGAAAAAAAAGACGAACGUGAAGUUUGACUCAAAUGCUGAUUGAACUUUUAUUCUGAGUUAUUAAGUUAAAAUUCUGAAUCCAAAAUAGAGUCAACAGUGCUAAAGCUAAAACAUACUGAAAGAAGAAAAUAUAAUGCAUUAUUGGAGAGAGGGGCAGAGACACCUGGGGAGUUAGUUUUCCAUUGUGACUUCAAUAAAGAAAAAUCAGCAAGGAAAAUUGUUGCCAAUAGGCAUGUUAUGCCCUGCUGCAGCUGCAAGUCUCAGCCAAUAGAUUCCUUAUUAUAAUACUUGAAGUGUCAGUAAAUAAUCUUUAACAAAUAGAUUGUGUUGAUAAAUUUAAUUAAGUAUUUCUUGCCUGUAAUAUUUUCUGCCAGUCAAUGUAAUUUGAUAAUUAUAAUUUUCAUAAAAUAUGUUUUCUUACAUUGCUAUUCUGAUGAACAGAACAAAUGCACUCUUUCCAUGUGUAAUUCAAUCCUUCUCGAUAAAACGUUAGUGUAGAUUGGGAACGUAGGAUGUUACCAUACGUACAGUGGUCACUUUUGUACUCCUUGCUUUAAUUUAUUUUAAAGUAAGGAUGCCGAUUGGCCUAUUGAUUUUGUAUUACUUCCAUUCUUGUGACUCCCAUUGUUAUGAUUUGUCCAUGGGCUACCUUUAUUUAUGACUGGAAUGUGAAGUACUUAUUUAAACAAAAGUGUAUUUUUGUUAAAUAGAUCAGGUCACUGAAAUAAUGAACAGCAGAUAGAAGCUCUCAGGAAAAAUAGAAGAGUUUGUUUUGCACAAUCUUUUGUUUUUAUUGCAGCUUAAUUUAUUUUUCAGUAUUGCUUGUAGAGUUAUAGAAUAAUUAGACAAUUUUCACUAUAUUAAUGAAAGAAAAUAGAAUAUACAGAAUCAGAGAUGUAAAAACAAAUAAACCAUAUAAAGCAAAAUAAUCUCGGAGCAUGCAUACAGUAAAGAUACCACUGAAAGGUAUUUUCUUACCUAUCUGACAAAAAUGAUUUGUGCUAAAACUACAGUGUUAGUUCUGAGACUGUCAACAUGACCUGCAUUAUACUGUAACCUUUUGAAGAGUACUGUAUGCUUAAAACGUUUCUCCCUUAAUCGUGAAUUCUCAUUUCCUGUAUUUAUUAUUCUUUACUUAAGGUUAGAAAAAAUACUUUCUCUUCCAUAAUUCACAAUGCUAUUUUUCACAUCUGAAACAAGGACGUGCAAAUUAUUAGUCAUUUGCUCUGGAUACCAGAUAUCACAGAUCUUGUUGAAGGGACAGACUCCAUACUGGGUAUCUGCUAUAUUCUCAUCGUUGUAGGUUUUUUUUCUCCCAAAUCUAUCUUUUGAGACUUACUAUGUAACUUCGCUUCGUGACUGUGAACAUUGUAUAGAAUAUUUGAAGAAAAAGAAUUGAGAGGAACAGCAUGGAACUGAUUUUAGAAUGUUGUUGUGCUAGCAGCACUCUGUAUGGAGAUUACAUUUACACCUCAAAAAAUACUUAUUUUUAACCAAUUAAAGUUUGAAGUCAAUCACAACAUCUGACACAAUAUAAAUAAUAUGCAGGUAUAGCAUUCUUUUCAAGGAGGGAAUCAAUAAAGUUAAACAAUCUCCUCUUCUUUAAAGUCAUACAUUGUCAGAGUCAUUAUGGGAGUAAAGAAGGCCAUUCAGCCCAUUGAACCCAUGCCAAAUGUCUUAAGAGCAAUAAAGUAAAUUCCUUAUUCUGUUCCCAUAGCCCUGUACACUUAUUUCUUACGAGUGCUGAAACAUUUUCUUUUUGAAAUUGUUAAUCAUCUCUGCUUUCACUAACAUUAUAGGCUGUAAGUUCCAGGAUAUAUAAUUUGCAGUGUAAAUUGCUCUUCCUCACAUGCUCCCCUAGUAUCUUUUGCCCAAUUUGUUCAAUCUAUGUCCCCUGGUCUUUGUACAAUCAGAUAGUGGAAUUAACUUUUCUUGGUUUACCUAUCACAAUCUUGUGUCCAGUAUCAAAUUCCCCUCAAUUUCCAUAGUUCCAAAGAGAACAACCCCAACUUUUCCAGCCAAAUAUUAUAAUGAAAAUCCAUCUUCCCUGAAACCAUUCUGGUAAAUCUAUUCUGCACACUUUCAAAGACUUUCAUAUCUGUCUUAAACUGUGUAGAUAAAAUCUGGACACAAUACUCUAAUUGUGGCUUCAAUUGGGCAUUACACAAGUUCAACAUCAUGUUCCUGCUUUUGUACUCUGAGCCUCAAUGAAAUUUAAGACUCCAUGUUCUUUUAUAACUGCAUUCUCAAUAUACCCCAAUACUUAAAAAGAUCUAUACACGUGAACUGCUAACCUAAGUACCUUUUAAUGAACUGUGCCAUUCCAGCUAUAUUAUCUUUCCCUAUUCCUUCUGCCAAUAUGCUUCACCUCAAACUUCUUUGCAUUAAAUCCAUCUGUCAUUUAUCCAGUUAUUAUGUCAGACUAUUUCAGUCUUUUUGCUGUCAGUUGACCCACUUCAUUCCACGAAAUCUAGCAAUGCAUCUUUUCUAGUUGGAUUAAAAAGUGUUGGUCAAGGAAAUUCUCCUGAAUAUAUUUCAGAUAUUCUUUCUCCUCUUUUUUUGUACUCUAAUAUCAUCAUCACUCUAUACUUCUUGCACGUCUCUGUCGGUUUGCUAUUCUGUUUAAAGGCCUACAGUAGCAUUAGCUUUAUGCUUUGGAACUCUUAACUAACCAAAUUAUGUCGUUGGUCUCUUUAGCGUAUCCUGACUUUUCUAAAUUACAAUGUCCUUCCUAUCAGUACUUCAAUCUGACUUUCUUGUUAUCUGUUGACUAUCUAUUCGGACUACAUUGUGUCCUUGAAGACUUAUUACCUGUUUUUAAUCAUUUCAAACCACCUUUACUUAUUACCAUUAUGUCAUGUUGGCACAGCUUCAUUUGUACCUGAAGGUUAAAAACAUUAUUCAGCAUACUUUAUGUAUUUACUUGCAUGCAUUGUAAACCUAUCAUUGUAUAUUUUAUAAUCUUUUUCAUGUAUUCUUAAUUAAUAUGGUGCCUGUUUCCUCUAUUACAAUUGAAUACCCUCCUUUUUAUUCCUUUUCUCUAUGUUGGUUCCAUUUUAAUUUAUUUCCCCUAACCAUAUUAUAGUGAACCUGGUUUUGAGGACAUCAGUUUCAGUUCUGUUAAGUGACUGUCGCUUUUGAAUAGAUGCCCCCUGACUCAGAACUAGUCUCAUCUCCCUCAGACUCUGAAAGCUUUUCCCCCUGCACCAUGCUUCAAGCCAACCAUUCGUUGUCUUUCUCUAUUGUUCCCUCUAUUCCUAGCACUUGAAACUGGAAGUACCUGACAGCUCACUACCACCACGGCCUUACAAAUAACUUUCUCCCUAGCUCAUGAAAAUCUGACUACAGGACCCCAACACUUAAAUUAUUUGUGCUGUUAAAUCCAAUAAGCAUGACAAGUUUUGAAUCACUACCUUCCUCCUGAAGAAUAUUCUGCUCCCAAAUGCAAUGACUUUUACUCUCAAAUUCAUGAUGUUUAUAGAAAUGCAUGGUCACAAGAGAUGUGCUAGAGAACUGGAGGACUGCCAGGGUAGUGCCAUUAUUAAGAUGUGGAGGUGCCAGUGUAAGACUGGGUGGCCAAAGUUAAAAAUCACACAACACCAGGUUAU